AUGGCUGCACAGAUACCAGAAUCUGAUCAGAUAAAACCAUUUAGAGAAUAUCUUCGAACCUUCAAUAAACUUACAGAAACAUGCUUUUUGGACUGUGUUAAGGACUUUACAACAAAAGAAGUAAAACCUGAAGAGAUAACCUCCAUGAGAUUUCAGGAAUAUCAUAUUCAGCAGAAUGAAGCCCUGGCAACCAAAGCAGGACUCCUUGGCCAACCACGAUAG